AUGUUGGGUACUCGACAACCUUUGCGCCUACGAUCUGCCUGUACGGAGUGUUACACAGCUAAGGUUCGCUGUAGCGGCGAGAAGUAUGGCUGUGACCGCUGUCGCCAGAACGGCCUCUCCUGCGAGUACCAAAUUUCAAUGGUAGGUCGUGCGCCAAAGAAAAAACGGAUGAAAGCGAACGACCGGACUCUCCGACUGCGAGAAUCGCGAGUUCUGCCCAGCGCGACUUUACCCCAAUCAGUCCCACAAAGCGGGUCUUCUCAACAACCGCUAGUCAGCGCAUCCAGGACAGGGCAUCAGCCUACCUCAGUGAAUACCACAAUGGGAGGUGAUUCCAUUCUCACGAUGGGGGAGUUUACCGCCGGCUCGGCCGACACGGAGAUCAACAGUUAUCUGCUGAACCUGUUAAGUGACUUCCCAGAUCUGCCGCUGGUUUCACCCGGCGCGACCGAUCCUUCCUGGCUAGGAACGGAAAACUUAUUCCCUGAUCUGUGUACAGAACUCUCUGGAAUUUCCACUUCCGAGGGCAUGUCCGAUAAGCACACUCUGGGGUUCCCCAUCCAGGAGCGGACGGCGGAUCCGGUACGGUCCCGAUUGGCGGAACAAAACGAGGCGAGAGCUCCAGUCUCCCCUAGCUAUCGCGAUAAUUCGGUCAUUUCGGCUUACCCGCAUGCUGCUGCCCUAUUGAAGACCAUUGAGUGCUUGGAAGAGCAGCUCCAGACCUCCCAGGUCCCGAUCGAUCAAGCGAUGCGGUUGAACCGGCAAGCCAUGGCCAAGGUACGGGAGGUGAGCAAGACCGACGAAUUUCGACGGUGCCAUAGUUGUCCGCUCUUGGUGGCGACCAUCAUGGAUCUGGUGGUAGGGUUGUAUGAGGUCGUGAUCCUCUCCACCCAGCGCCAUGCGGGCAACGAAGACGCUGUGCCCUUGGAAGAUGGGAAUAACAUGCCUUGGCAUAACUCUCUGUUUCAGCAGCCAGUUGAGACGAGCGAGAUGCCGAGUAGUGGAUCGAGUCCCAGAUCGGCCAUCGGCGGCAGCUCGGAACCACCACUUUUCCAGUUUGGAUGUCUUGAGUUUGAUCCGGAGGAGCAAGAGAUCUUCCGAGCUGCAAUGAUGCGGCGUGAUUUGCGACGGUGCGUUGAAACUAUUCAGUACUGUAGUCAAGAGAUUCUACAACAACAGAAAAAAGCUUCAGAUCUAUGCAGUGGACCUCGCAACAGGGGUUUUCAAUCGAGAAGGCCAUCAAAUAAGAUACACACUCAGUGGUACCAGGAGAUGGGAUACCGGACUAAGGAGCUUCUCAUCGCUCUUCCCGCCCAGUGCAGCAGACACUGA